UUGAAAAAUCGCUGCCGACGUUUUGCUUCCAAUUCGCACGCAGUGCCGGCGGCCAUGGCGUUGUUAGCAGUUGGCAUUUGUAGUGUUCGUGGUAGUUGCUCAUCAUUGGCGUCGUUGCUACGCUCACACGCUCGCUGUUCGCUGCUCACUCAUGCACUUUACUUCGCCCCACACCGUCACCACUUCAAUGAUCCUAUAUUCCGUUUCGCCAUACAGCCUGCUAGCAGCUAACUGGCCGCGCUGAGAGUGCCAGUUAGGCAGCUAAGCAAUCAGUCGGAAAUGAACGUUUCAAUCAGUCAGCAGUAACGAACGAAUCGGCGCGCGCGUCUCAUCUCGCCUCGUCCUAAUAUAACGCUUAACGACGAACACAAAACGUUUUAUUCCGCUUUUUGUAGGGUAGUGAAGCGUAUUACUAAUCAGAACUCAAAACUGGCGGCACAAAACGGCCCGGCACCUAUGGCACCAAAGAAGUCUUCAAUCGUCCUGAACGUGGAACAAUUUAUACGAGACGUUCAAGAACGACCGGCCAUUUGGAAUCGCAAUUUCCACUGUAACAAAGCAUUUUUAGAACAAAUGUGGGAUGAACUGUCAGCCGCACACAAAUUGCCCAGUGAAGUUUACGUACUUGACGAUGGCGGUGAGGUCGAUUUGGAUUUGGGCAAUUAUGAACGCUUUCUCGAUAUAACUCUACAUCGCGAUAACAAUAUUACAACCGGCAAGAUUUACCAGAAAGUGAUUGAGAAGGAACGUACUGGUGAAUAUUUGGGAAAAACUGUACAAGUUGUUCCUCACAUUACGGACGCCAUACAAGAAUGGGUGGAACGUGUAGCACAACGUCCGGUGCAGGGUAAUUCCCAACCACAAGUUUGUAUUGUCGAAUUGGGUGGCACCAUUGGUGACAUUGAGGGUAUGCCUUUCGUUGAGGCCUUUCGUCAAUUUCAAUUUCGUGUAAAACGUGAAAAUUUCUGUGUGGCACAUGUUUCGUUGGUGCCCUCACCACGUUCUACCGGCGAACCGAAGACGAAGCCUACACAGAGUUCUGUACGCGAAUUACGUGGUUUUGGUUUGAGUCCCGAUUUGAUUGUUUGUCGUUCGGAGAAGCCUAUUGGUGUUGAAGUAAAGGAGAAAAUCAGUAAUUUCUGUCACGUUGCACCGGAUCAAGUUAUUUGCAUACAUGAUCUAAGCUCAAUUUAUCAUGUACCCUUGUUAAUGGAACAAAAUGGUGUAAUAGAGUUUCUCAAUGAACGUCUUCAGUUGAAUAUCGAGUCUGCAAAACGUGAGAAAUGUCUACAACAAUGGAAGGAUUUGGCACGCCGCUCUGAGACACUUCGAGAGGAAGUUAAUAUUGCCAUUGUCGGUAAAUAUACACGGUUAGAAGAUUCAUAUGCUUCUGUGGUUAAGGCACUCCAACAUGCUUCACUUGCUGCUGGCUUUAAGCUAAAUUUGAAAUUCAUUGAAGCCUGUCAUCUCGAAAUCGCCACACGCGAUAAGGAUCCCACUAAGUAUCAUGAGGCUUGGAUGCAACUUUGCGAUAGUGAUGGUGUUGUAGUGCCCGGUGGAUUCGGUUCACGUGGCAUGGAAGGAAAAAUUGUAGCCUGCAAUUGGUGCCGUGAGAAACAAAAGCCAAUGUUGGGUAUUUGCUUGGGUCUACAAGCGGCUGUUAUUGAAUUUGCACGAAAUGUGCUCGGUCUAAAGGAUGCCAAUACCACGGAGAUCGAACCCAAAACGGUGAAUCCGUUAGUUAUUGAUAUGCCAGAACAUCAUACCGGCCAAAUGGGUGGCACUAUGCGUUUGGGUAAACGCCGCACCACUUUCUCCGAUGAGAAUAGUAUUAUUAAAAUGCUAUAUGGAAAUCCGAAAACAAUUGAUGAACGCCAUCGGCAUCGCUAUGAGGUAAAUCCCAAGUAUGUACCCACAUUGGAGGAGCACGGUAUGCGUUUUGUAGGCUAUGGUGAUGAGAAACGACGAAUGGAGGUGAUUGAAUUGCGUGAUCAUCCAUAUUUUGUUGCUACACAAUAUCAUCCAGAGUACUUGUCACGUCCACUCAAACCAUCACCACCAUUCCUUGGUCUGAUAUUAGCUUCGAAGAAACGGCUAACCAAUUAUAUGGCACGCGGCUGUCGAUUGUCUCCACGUCAGCUCUCCGAUGCAUCAUCGGAUGAAGAACUCUCUGCUGAGGAAUGUGAGAAACUUGUUAAUGCAGUAAAACCAUUGCAAUUAAAUGGUUUCUUAUCAGCAACACCAUCAAAUCGGUUAACAAACGGACGCGCCAAGGAUGUGAAAUCCGCUGGUAAAGCAGUAGCAGCAGAGGAAAAACAGCAAAAUGGCGCAACAACAACAAAUGGGGAAAUUAAAUGUAACGGCAAUAGCGGUGGCAGUAAUGGCAAUGUGCAUUAAGGAUGAACGAAAUCGGUUUUCCAUAAGCUGUAUACUACGGAGUAGAUAGCAAAAACUUUAAAUAUUUUAAAUGUUAAAAUUUUAUAUAUAUAAUAUAUAUAGUAUGUAUAAUCAGUUAUAUACUUUAGCUACACAUAUUCUUCUUCAAAAUGUACACACCUACACCUUCGAUUUGUUUUAGCAGCAUUCAAUUAAAUAAUUAGCUCUCCGCAAAACGUUUGCGUGCGUCCAUUUAUUUUGUAUUGCUGGCUUGAGUUUGGGUUGGUGGGUAGUAGUAGUAGUGGUAGUAUUGGGUCGGUUUGUGUAAACGUCACUAUCUACCUUGCUACCCACCCACUCGCUCGCACCAUUUUUGGUUUUUUUUUAAAGCAAGUGUAGUUAGAAUGCGUAGCUUACCUGCUACCACUUGCAAGCGCACUCGCCAGCAAACAAAAUAAACUCUCGAAAUUGUAAUAUAUAUAUAUAUAUAUGGUAAUAUAUUUUGUAAAAUGAACUAUUCCAAAAUAUCGAUCUUAGAUAACAAUUAACAAUGGAAAAUGUAAAUUUGCAAAGGCCUUACAGUUUAACUUGAUUUGGACAUUUAAAUUGGACUAUUUUUUUAUAGUUCAUGCUUUUUUAAGUACAGUUGAUGGAAGUCGUCAUACGAUGAACAACUUAGCCCUUAAGUUUUGUGCGCUGAAAGAUAAAUUUCUCAACAAUUAAUUACUCAUUAAGUGACAUAGUUAAACGCAACAGCCGGGAAGUACAAUUUGCACAUACAUAUAUUUUGUUUAUAGCUAAUUUUAUUAAAGUAAUGUGUUCGAUAUUCGAAAGUAACUGGUCAAUUUUGUGCCACUUCAAAGUGCAUAGCUUUCAAAUUAUAUUUCGUUGCAAAUCUAGUUAGACUGUAAGGUGAUAAUCAAUAAAUUUUUUUUUAUGAAUUCUAUUAUUAUUUCAAUCUUAUAUUUAUAUCUUAUGCAAACAUACUUACAACACACGACUAUUUGUGUUUCUAAAAUUUAUAAUACUUAUGUAUAUACAUAUACAAAUAUAAAUAUGUGUACGGCGGAAGGUAGCGUUUGCGUGUCUGUUUAAACUAUUACUUAAGUACGUAUGUAAAGUGUGCCAGUUUUUUUUUAUAAAACAUUUAAAUAUCAUUUAUAAAAUGAAAUGAAAUGCUUCCGAUAUGCCGUUAUGCGGUGAUUAAUAUUAGCGGUGUUUAUUUUUACGCGAACAGUAUAUCUAUACACUUAAUUUUUUAUAUGAAGAAUAAUGUUAUGAACAAUGUUAUGUAUGUACUGAAGAAAUUUUAAGUGUACAUACAUAUGUACACUUGCGCGUAAAAACAACACGGCUACUAUAUAAGAACUGAAAAGAAAUUCGUUUGCUAUAAAAAAUUGGCUCAUCGCUAAAAAUCUCAAUUUCUGUUAAAAUUUUCAAGAAAAAAAAAUGUAAUUGAAAUUUAAAAAUAUUCUUAUGACAUUAAAUUUAAAUUAAAUUUAAUUCCUACAACAUUAGGCUAUUCAAUAAAUAUUAAGUUAUAUGUAGUGCGUAUAAGAGUAGUUAUGUAUGUAUAUAUGCAAAGGAAUUAGCUUUUUCUUUGAGUGAUCAAUUCAUGCUUUCGCAUUAGAAUUUGACAUACACUUUAAAUACUAAUUAAAUUUGUAUUUGAAAGAUUUUGUAUUAUAAAUAUAUAUAUUUUACUAUUGUGCAUAUCUACAAAAGAAUUCGGAAUAAAAUUAAGGUCAGCGAAGGA